AACCCAGUACGGUGGUUCCGGUCACCGGUAGGAAACACAACCCGGACCUCAUUAUCUGAAACACCGAACCGGAAAUUGGUCUGAACGGUGAAACACUUCGGAAGUUGCUCCACCGCAAAGCCUGCUGGGUAAUAUGUUAACGACAACGUUGUGUUGAUUGGAGCUCUUUGGCGCGUGGAGGCAGAAAGUAAAGACACAAAAAGACAAGAUAAACCGACUUUAAUGAAAAAACUCAGAUAAAAGAGAAGAGACGGAAGCCGCUGCAGGUCGGAAAGGUAGACAUGUCUGUCUCUCUGUCUGAAGAGAGAGACCGGAUCCAGCGACAGGUGGAGCAACUGGAACAGAGUCUGUCUGCAACAUACCCUGAACUGGAGCUGCUGAGCAGUGAGACAGGUGAUGAAUCGGAUGGAGAUGAUGCAGAAGAGGAGAGACAGUGUGCUGCAGGUCUGCUGGCUCAGAGAGAGAAGAUCCAGAAUGAGAUCCAGAACCUGGAGGAGGUCCUGGGUCCACAUAGUCCCAUCUGUGUGUCAGAUGAUGAUGACGACAGCAGCAGCAGCAGCAGCAGUGAAGAGAGUGAGCUGGGUCUGUCUCCGUCAGCAGACUCGUGUCUUCAGAUGAACCUCGUCUACCAGCAGGUGGUUCAAGAGACCCUGGACCAGCUGGAGACAUUACUGACACACAACUCCAGACAGCAGAAAGAGCUUGUGUCUCAGCUGUCUGGACCAAUCAAAGAGUCCUCCAAGGUGCGGCCCGUCCAUCCCUCCUGCCAGCAGCCAAUCAACAUGUACCUGGGCCGCUUCCUCAAACCAUACUUUAAGGACAACCUGACAGGGCUGGGUCCUCCAGCCAAUCAGGAGACAAAGGAGAAGGCCAGCAGGAUGACUGGUUGUCUGGACGAGAAGAAACUGAAAGUAAAACGAUGGGAGAGCUGGCAGAAGACUCUUUUGUUCCACUCAGUUACCAGAGACAGUCUGAGGAGGCUCAUCCAACCUAAACUAUCCAAGGUGGACUACCUGAGCCAGAAGCUGUCCCGAGCAGCGGAGACAGACAAGCAGCAGCUGAGACAGCAGAUGGACAUUCUGGAGAGAGACAUCGAGCUGCUCAGAGCGAAGGAGGACAGCGAGCUCGUUGGUGGUCGAUACGAUGAACAUGAUUGGGCGAAAAUUUCUAAUAUUGAUUUUGAAGGGACGAGGGAGGCGGAGGACAUCUACAACUUCUGGCAGAACUUCCUCCACCCGUCCAUCUGCAAGACCACCUGGAGUCAGGAGGAGGUGCAGCGGCUGAAGGAGGUCAGCAGGAGGCACGGAGAGAGACACUGGGACACCAUCGCCUCAGAGCUGGGGACGGGGAGGACGGCCUUCCUGUGUCUCCAGACGUUCCAGCGGUUCGUCUCAGACUCGUUGAAAAGAGGCGUUUGGGUUCCGGAGGAAGACGCUUUGCUCAGAGAGCUCGUGGACAAGAUGAGAAUCGGGAACUUCAUCCCCUACACGCAGUUGAGUUACUUCAUGGAGGGUCGAGACCCGUCUCAGCUGAUCUACAGGUGGAACCAAGUGUUGGACCCGAGUCUGAAGAAAGGCUUCUGGACCAAAGAGGAGGACCAGCUGCUGCUGCAUGCCGUGUCUCGUUUCGGAGAGAAGGACUGGUGGAAGAUCCGGUUCGAGGUUCCAGGACGCAGUGACACCAGCUGCAGAGACAGGUAUUAUGACUGUCUGAAGGCUGAAACAAAGAGAGGAGUGUUCGACCAACAAGAGAAGCAGCUGCUGCUGCUGCUGGUGCAAAAACACGGAGUUGGUCAUUGGGCGAAGAUCGCUGCAGAGAUUCCUCAUCGUUACGAUGCUCAGUGUCUGAGAGAGUGGAGGAGGCAGAACAGAGCAGCACAAUCUCAUCCUAAGAAACCUAAAACCACUGGAGAGACUUCAGGAGGUGAGACUCGUCCCACCAGGAGGAAAAAUCGGAGACGAAAGGUGAUCCUGAAGGUCGAGGAGAGCAGCGAGGAGGAGGAGGUGGAGGUGGUGUACAUGGACAGUGAUGAAGAGAAGAGUACAAAGACGAAGGAGGAGGUAGUGCAGAGUGCUGAGGAGGAGGAGGAGCAGGAACAGCAGGAACAGCAGGAGGAGCAGCAGCAGCAGGAGGAGCGGCAGCAGGAGGAGCGGCAGCAGGAGGAGGAGCAGCAGGAGUCCACCUUCCCCUCCAUGCAGGACUGGAUACCAGCAGGGGCCCAAUGUUUCACCUCCCUGAGCUUCCGACCGGUGGAGCUACCUUCUUCUGGACUCGCCCGCAACCAGGUCCCGGUCCGGUCCACCAUCCUGGGCCCGUUUGGCCGCUCCGGGGUCCUGGGCCCGGGUCCCAAGGAGCUGCUGUGGACGGAGAGCUGUGGCGGCAGCAACAUGAUGAUGGUGUCACCACAGCAGCUCCGAGCCUACCUGAAUCGCCAGGUGGAGAAGUACAGCAACCGGCGCACCGCCCCCCCCCCAAAGAAGAUCCACACCAACAAGCUGAGCCCCCUGAGCCGGGCCAUGGACCUGGGUCUGGUCUACGAGCUGCAGGCCGCCGUGACGCCAUGGAUCGGUAACGUGCUGAUCCCCCAAGAGCACCGAGCGACGGCGGCCCAGGCCCUGAGGGAGCGAGGAGGCGCCGCUCGGCUCCUCUCCACCCCGGUCUUCCUGCUCCUCCUCCAGGCCAUGAACGUGGACGCCUUGGGCUGCAAGGAGAUGAUCGAGCAGAGGAAGAACGGGGUCCUGGUCCUCGAUCCGCCGGCUCCGACUCCCGUCUCCAUCCGGCACGGCAGCAUGGCAGAACUUCUGCAGCAGAAGAAACUCAUGGAACAGGAGGAGCAGCGCAAACUGAUCCUGAACCAGCUUCAGGUGCUGUAUCAACCUCCGAUGCCUCCUCAGAUGCAUCCUAGGAUGUCUUCCGUGUCCUUUCCUCGGGCUGUCUUCAUUCCUCAUACCGUCUCACCCCCUGCCUUCGCGGUCCCAGUGGCCCUGAAGGCCACAUCCACCUGCUCUGCUGCUGUCCACCAGGACGCUCUGCCGAAGACACAGAACCUGAUGGUCGCUGCGUCCUGUUCCACCAAGCCCGGUCCUGCCCCCAGUCCAUCGAGCCUCAUCUCAAGGCCCCGCAAAGGGAGGGGGCGAAAGGUAGCAGAGGAUCAAAAAGAGGGGGUUGUGGGCGGAGCCAAUAAUGGUGAGGGAAGAACAUGUGGCCGUCUGAUCAGAGAGAGAAAAGGACGGAGGACUCGGAAGCUGAAUCUGAAGGCCAGAGCUGUGCAGAUGCAGCUGUUACCUCCGACUCUCAGUGUAGCCCCUCCCCCCUCCAUGCCGACCUACCAGCAGCUUUCUUCCUCCACUUCAAGCUCCCCAACUCCUUUCCUCAACGAUCAUGACUACACCUGUUUUAUUCUGCGCCUGAGUCCUCUAGGCUCCGCCCCCAAUGCGCCUCAAAAAGCCCCACCCUGCAGGAAGAAACAGGGGAGGAAGAAGGCGGACGAAUGUGUGGGUAGGACAGGUAAGGCGGGGGGCGGGGCCAGUCCAGGUGUGAUCGAGAGAGGAAAGAGGAAGCGGACUCCACAGGAAGCCACUCGGGCCAAGGCUGAAGCUGAGAAGAAGAGAUCUUCUCUGAAGAAGCGCACUCGGGCAAUAGCCAUUCGUAUUCGACCAACGGCUGGUCUUCCUGGCGUCUGUUUGUUUCCACGCCAGUCGAUGUGGGUCAUGACCCCAGGUGGGAUGGUCAAGCUCGUGGACGCCCCGCCACAAGGCGGGCAGCUGACGUUGGUACCACACACCCCCCUUCCAGCUCAGCUGGUCGUAACCUCCCCCUGCCCCCCCACCGCGGCGUCCGUCCCUGUACACCCCUUUACUUCCAUCAUGCGACCUGACUCACACCCCGGCCCCUCCCUCCACCCCUCCUUCCACCCCCAGCCUCAGCCCAAACUCUUCAUGCCAUAUAUGGGCACGAAGGUAGAGCCCCCCUCGUUGCACUUCGACCCCUCCCUGAUGUUCCCGGAGUCUCAGGACGCAGUGUGUGAUUGGCUGAGCGGCCGGGGGGGCGUGGUGGUACCUGGACUAGCCGCGUCUCUUCCUUACCUGCCGCCCUUCGUCAGCAGCCUGAACACACUCAGCGCGCUCCUCCGCUCCAAGACGUCUCUGACCAAAUCCUCCCUAAAGCUGCUGUGUCGAGGGUCCGAAACCCAAUGGCCCACAACAGGGCCGCCCGGCAGCACAAAGACCAGUCAGCCUCCAGAGCUGCCCGACUCCACCUCUGACCUUGGACCGGACACACCAGCUCCCUCCGUCAGCCCUGACCUCCUGCAGGAGGAGGAGGAACUCGUUGAGGUGCUACGUCAGCUCGUGGCAGAGCGUUUCUCAGGUAACCCCGCAUACCAGCUGCUGAAAGCCCGCUUCCUGUCCUGCUUUACUCUCCCCGCCCUCCUGGCCACCGUGCGGCCAAUCAGAAAAGAGACUGUGACCUGCCCAACCAAUAAGGAGGUGGAGGAGGUGCAGGAGGAGCUGAAGAAGAUCAAAGGGAGAGGCAGGCAGAGGAGAGCCGAGAAGUCUCUGCUGCUGUGUGACGGAGCUCCAGCCAAUCACUACUCAGGGAUCCACAGCGCGGGAGCGCCUCUGUCCCGCUAACCACAGGUCACAUGUUCAGCUUCUCAGGUCCUCGUUCAAAAUAAAGUCUACAGGAACAAAACACUGCUGUGACCUCUGUGGUGCGUUCAGGAACCUCAGAAGAAGUGGCGAACUUGCACUUUGUUGUUUUUGGUUGUCUUGUUUAUUUUUUAUUCAGAUUCUGUAAAGAAAUUGUUCUGUAAGUAUGAGCGAAUUAAUUUGUAAUAAAGAGAAAGUUUCUGUGAAAUGAA